ACAAUUUUUAAAUAGGUAAGCAACAUUUGCCGAACAUGUUUUCUCUGUUCAUCUUGUCUCUGCGUUUAGGGUCUACCUGUGUAUGAAUAAAUUCAUUUCAGAGCCUCCAAUGGACGAUCACGAAGGAUUCUCAACAGUCGAGCAACCCAAACCAGGUUUCGGCUAUAUAUACGCAAUAUUUCAUAUUUCAAUUGUUGAUAAAUGUUUCCUCUUUAUGUUCAUAUUGUCUCUCCUUUCAGAGUUUUCCUGUACGAGGAAACCCAUUCCAGACCCUCCAGAGGACAAUGCGGCAGGGUUCUCAAAUUUCGGGCAGCCUACUUCAGUGUUUUCCUUUAGGAGAUUCAUUUUUGAGCCUCCAGUGGACAGUGAUGAGGGAUCCUCAAUGGUCGACCAGCCCGAACCAGGUUCGGUUAUGCAUCCUACUAAAAAGACCCUGCCCUGUCGACACUAUUUCAGUGCCAGUGGAUGCCGAAAUGGUGAAAAGUGCUCCUUUGCACAUGGCGACUGUGAAUAUAAUGAACCAUUUUACAUUCCACUCAAGGACAACGCUCAAGUGUUCCGCCCUAUUUACAGCUCCCAUAUUAAGAGCCCACUUGAUCCUUUUAGAUUCGCUCUCUAUACAAUCAUGGCAUACCCAUAUAUUCGUCCAGACCAACUCGGAGUUAUUUUUGGAGAAAAAAGGGAGUUACUUCAGUGGAUCUGCAACCUAACCGGGGUCAAGAUAGUUGUUGAAGAUAACGAAGAAGAUCCUUCUUUCAAGAAAAUCAUCUUGUCCGGUUCGAUUAAAUGUGUUUACGAUUCAAUGCAGCUAGUGGAUGCUUUAUUGAAAAACUUUUUUUCUAUCUCAGCAGACGGUAAAAUCCCACCCGUGGUAGAGUACAAAACAAAGAUUUGUAAGAAUUAUGCUAAGAAGGGGUUUUGCAAGAAUGCAGAAACGUGUGUCUUUGCACAUGGUGACUCCGAGCUCCGCCCAUCUGCUGUUGAGAUUUUGCAGAGAACCAUGGAGGAAAUCAGGACACCGAAGCGGCGGAAAUAAGAAAUGGAAUUAUUUGUGCCUUUGUGGUACCCAUGUGUGAAUAAGUGGUAUAACUCGUCUUUCCCUUAGCUUUUGAUGAUCAUGGUUCAUGGACCUUGCUUGUAGUAUUCUCUAUUUACAUGCUUGUAGUGUUCUCUAUCCAUGCUUGUUCUAUUCUACCUUGCUUCUUUCUUAUGGACUGUGCUUCGUUUCUCUUUUGGUU